AGCUCUUCGGGUUUUCCGAGCGUCCCCGCCGCUCGCCCGCUCGGCUCUUCGGCUCGACGCCCGACCGGACCCGAAGCUGCCGCUGCCGCCGCGGAGAUGCGGCGGGGAAGAAUCUCUAUUCCAAACCCGGUCAGGUUCCUCCUCCUUUGGUAACACAGAAGAAACAGAGAAUCAAGUGACGCUCCUGCAGAGGCCGUGUCUAUAUGAAGGAAGGGGUUGAGGGAUCGACUGAAGAUGAGACGACUGAAUCGGAAGAAGACUUUGAAUUUAGUGAAAGAAUUGGAUGCUUUCCCAAAGAUUCCAGAAAGCUACAUAGAGACUUCAGCAAGUGGAGGAACAGUUUCUCUAAUAGCUUUUACAACCAUGGCUCUUUUAACCAUAAUGGAGUUUACGGUCUAUCGUGACACCUGGAUGAAAUACGAAUAUGAAGUGGACAAGGAUUAUACUAGUAAAUUAAGAAUAAAUGUAGACAUCACAGUUGCAAUGAAGUGUCAACACAUUGGUGCUGACGUCCUGGAUCUGGCAGAAACGAUGGUUGCUACUGCAGAUGGAUUGGUCUACGAACCAGUGAUAUUUGAACUCAGCCCCAUGCAAAGAGAGUGGCAAAGGAUACUACAAAAUAUUCAGGCCCGGCUACAGGAAGAACAUUCUCUUCAAGACAUAAUAUUCAAAAGUGCUUUUAAAAGUGCUUCAACGGCACUUCCACCAAGGGAGGAUCAUCCCGUACAUUUGGCCGAUGCCUGCAGAAUUCAUGGGCACCUCUAUGUGAAUAAAGUAGCAGGGAACUUUCACGUUACAGUGGGCAAGGCAAUUCCCCACCCGAGGGGCCACGCACAUUUGGCAGCCCUUGUGAGCCACGAAUCAUACAAUUUCUCCCAUAGGAUAGAUCACUUAUCCUUUGGAGAACUCAUUCCAGGCAUUAUUAAUCCUUUAGACGGCACCGAAAAGAUUGCAUCAGAUCACAAUCAGAUGUUCCAGUACUUUGUUACAGUGGUGCCGACAAAACUUCAAACGCACAAAAUUUCAGCAGAAACGCACCAGUUUGCAGUCACAGAAAGGCAUAUCCAACACACCUGCCUCCUCCUCCUCCUCUUAUUUUCCCCACAACAACAACAACCCUGUGAGGUUCAACUUCCAGAUAGUCAACGAAACGACCACGAACCUCUAGCCACCGAAGACGCUACGCAAUAGCCCUUCUCUUCAGAAAACUCUGGUCUUUCUGUCUUGACGCGAAAAGGACAUUUUUAUAAGCAAAAGAUUUGUGCAAUACGUUCAAAGACACGGAGGGGGGAAAAAGGAGCCAUUUAUUUUUUUUUAGCAACGAAAGAAGGGAAAACUCUUCGGAGUGACUUGUUUGUCCUUUUCAAGGAUUUCGAAAAAAAGUCGCUGAGAUGAUCCUUUAAUUUUAAAGUCCGACUUCCUGGAAUGAGAACUGAAUUGUUGUUGGAAAGGAGAACUUGGGAUUCAGGAACUGCAAUUAAAUCGUGGAAACUUAUCAAUUCUACAUUCCCGGAGCAUUUGCAAAGUCUCGUGAACAAUAACCUUCAAAGGGAAUAAAAUUGGAAAGAAGUGUAUUUUCCACAGGCAGCAGAGCAGGGGAAAAAUUUGCAAACCGAAACUUGGAAGCUGUAUAAUUCUGUUUUUAAAACAGGGUGCGAGGUGGGGGGGUUUCUUUGUUUUGUUUUUAAUCUCUUCCCUCAUCUUUUUAAAACGUCACUCCUAUCGUAAGAAUAUGGAAAUCCCAAGAAAUGGAAAAUUAAUGCACAAGAAAGGAAAUUAAAAAAUCUCGUACUGGGGGCGUAGCAUGUAUACCAAUUGACGAAUGUUUAAACAAAUGUGGAAAAAUCUUUUAGCGUUACCGCUUAUUAUCAAACUUUUUCCGGAAAACAAAAGCACACACAAAAAAUGGACCGAUCAAAGAAUCCUGGCUCGUUGCAUUGUAACUUGUUGAGAGUGAUUGACAGCCUUAGGGGUACACUGUUGAGAGUGAUUGACAGCCUUAUUUGACAAGCUGGAGAAUCCGUCAUGGUUAUUGUUAAUUUAGUUGAGUUUUAAGCUACCAUCCAAAUCAGGGGUCUCCAACCUUGGCAACUUUAAGACUUGUGGACUUCAACUCCAACUUCAAUUCCAACUUCCAACUUCAACUCCAAGCAAAGCUGGAGUUGAAGUCCACAAGUCUUAAAGUUGCCAAGGUUGGAGACCCCUGAUCCAAAUGGAUUACGAUGUUGAUCACCAUAUUUUUGUAGACUGCUAUAUACCGGUAGUCCUCGACUUACAACAAUUCGUUUAGUGACCGUUUGAAAUUACAACAGCACUGCAAAGGGGGACUUAUGGCCGUGUUUCACACUUAUGACCAUUGCAGCAUCCCCCAUGGUCACGUGAUCAAAAUUCAGGCGCUUGGAAACUUGACUCCUAUUUAUGGCGGUCACAACGUCCCGGUGAUCUGGACAUUAAUAGACCGUUUGCAACUUCCUGACAAGCAAAGGGAAUGGGGAAGUCAGAUUUACUGAACAACUGUGGCAAGAAACGUGGUAAAACGGGGCAAAAUUCAUUUAUCUCACUUAGCAACAGAAACGUUGGGCUUAAUUAUGGUCAUACGUCGAGGAUUACCUGUAUCGGCUUGUGCCUUGCCUUAAAUCUUUCUUGGAAUUUAGGGACAAAAAGAAUAGUGAAAUUAGUGGGCAGCAGUAUUGCAACUUAACUAUGAAUUUGACUGAAUUGAAUCCAGUGGCUUUUAAUUCCACACUCUUAAUACCAUAAGUAAAUAUAGGUCCAUAAUCUAAAUUCUGAGCCUUAUCUAUCCAA